UAAUAAUAAAAAGGCCGAAGCCAAAGCUAAAAAAAAUUUAUUCCAUCAAACUUUUCAAUUUAAUAAUAAAACCUCAAUACAGAUGAGCUCUUCUAACAUUUAAACUCUAAGAACUCCAUGAUCCGCUUCCAUUCACCGUCAAUACCUUCCUUUUCAUUAGCUUCGUGUCUGAUGUCGGAUGACUAAUGACGCAAUUCAAGGUUUUUUUUGUAUGGUCUUACAUAAAAAAAAUAAAGCCGAAUCCCGGAAAUAGACUAACUUGUUGCGAUAGCCAAUUGAGUACCGUACGUAUAAUAUCACCGUGUGUAUGUUUCUUUCAUUUUAUUCGGAGUGGGAGGACUUUGCCCGUAUUCGUAAUAUAAGCGUAAGCCGUAGAUCCACAUCUUUACCUACAUUCGUUUCAGACCAACAUUAACGUGCACGCCACGAUCCUAAUAUAUAAUAUUCAAUAUACAAUAUAAAACAUACAGUAAUAAUGAAAGUGACAAGUGAUAAUGAUAACUAAAGGCCGUCAAUAAAGUAAUUACUUCAACCUAUUUUUUUGGAGUAAAGUAAUUUUUAUCUUUCGGUCUUUACAUCGAAUUCUAUUGAAUAUAUAAACAAUAUUUAUCAUAUUUAUGUGUGUAUAUUGCUGUUCUGUGUAUUGAGUCCUAUCCCCUCUUUAAUUUAAACGUACGACUCAGUUAAUUUAACAUGUAACAUAUAACAUAUAUAACGUGUCGGAGUAUAUAUCGUGUAUCAUAUAAUGAUGAUGUGUAUGUUAAUGUACAAUUGAGUUUAUUAUCGAAUACAAGGCGGCUUUAUUUAAUUCGUAGUAAGGCCUCGUAAUAACAAUUUUUAUCUCUUCAUUUUAUUAGUUUGACUUUUUUUUUUUUUGUUUUAAGUGCAUAAUUAUCAGUUUUUAUUACAAUAAAAUAAUAAUGAUAAGUAAUUUUAAAAAUACAUUGCAUGUUUGAAAUUAACAUGGAGAACGAACUAGGAAAUUAUAAUAACAAAACAGAGUGUGAUGACAAAGUUAGUCAUGAACAUUUCUUCCCGAGUGACGCAAUGAGCGAUGACAUAGAAAGAGAUAAAAAAAAAGAAGAAGUUAGUUUAAGAAAUGUUGACGACAAAAGUAAACUUGAAGAAGAAGAAGAAAAAAAUGGAAACGAGGAAGAGGAUAAAAAGUUGACGAGGAGAAAAAAUGUCGGGAAGAGAAGAUACGGACUGAACAUGGACGAGGUGCAAAGACAUAAAAAGUCUGUCCAGGCUUUCAAACAGUCGCUGGAAAAAAGGGUGGAAAGUAUGGAGAGAAUAAUCGAGGAUAGGGUCGAGAGGAUUCUAGAGGAGAAGGCAGAUAAACAUCCCUGGUUGCAGCCGAUAGAGACCUGGAUUGUGGAUAAAUGCAAGAAGGAUGUAAGAAAGGACAGGUUGCCCUUGAUUUCUAAGGACUCCGAGGGCGAGGAGGAUUCCAAGGGCGAAAAGGGAGAACUAGAUGGGGGCAAUUUUGAGGUGGAGUUUAAAAAUAGUGGCGAGCAUGAGGAGUUCAUUAAAAUAAUAUCCACGCCGGUUCCUGUUAUUGAAAUUCAUGAUAAACAUAAUGGAGAAAAUAAACACACGCCUGAUUUUAUUGAUAGAUUCAAGGAAGGAUGGAAAGAGAAAGUUGAGGAUGUUACGAGGUACUUCCAAAGAACAAACAGAUUAGCAGACGUUAACCGGCGACUAAAAUCACAAAUAUGGAGUUCUGUUGUGACAAUUGUUCUCGUCGAAGCCAAAAGUUUAUUACCUAUGGAUAUCGACGGCCUUUCGGAUCCUUACGUUAAAUUUAGAUUGGGAACUGAAAAAUACAAAUCAAAGGUCGUGAACAAGACGGUAAACCCCGUGUGGCUGGAGCAAUUUGACCUCCAUCUGUACGAGGACCCUUAUCUGGGUCAGGAACUGGAGGUUACGGUAUGGGACCGAGACAAGGGUCACCAAGACGACUUGAUGGGCAGAACGACCAUUGACUUAGCGGGAUUGGAGCGCGAAACGACCCAUAGGAUUUGGAAAGAACUGGAAGAUGGGGCUGGAAGUAUUUUUCUAUUACUUACUAUCAGCGGUACGACUGCCAGCGAAACUAUUAGUGAUCUUGCUGCCCAUGAAGAAACUCCUCAGGAACGCGGUCGGGUCGAAGAUAGAUAUUCCCUCUGGAAUUCGUUGCAAAGACCCCGAGAUGUUGGGCAUCUUACUGUUAAAGUCUAUAGAGCACAAGGGCUUGCUGCCGCUGACUUAGGAGGAAAAAGUGAUCCUUUUUGUGUCCUGGAAUUAGUCAAUUCACGGUUACAAACCCAGACUGAGUACAAAACUCUGGCACCUAAUUGGCAGAAAAUUUUUACUUUUAACGUCAAAGACAUAAAUUCAGUAUUAGAGGUGACAGUGUACGACGAAGACCGUGAUCAUAAAGUUGAAUUUUUGGGCAAAAUAGCAAUUCCAUUACUGAAAAUCUGGAAUGGUGAAAAGAGAUGGUACGCAUUGAAGGAUAAAAAAUUACGCGGACGUGCUAAGGGGAAUUUUCCACAAAUUUUACUGGAGCUACGCGUGGUCUGGAAUGUCGUGAGAGCAUGCAUUCGCACUCUGAACCCAAAGGAAAAGAAGUACAUGGAGCCUGAGAUUAAGUUCAAGCGACAAGUUUUUUUGCGCAAUGUACUGAGACUCAAGGCUAUUAUUAUGUAUUUCAUUGACUUAGGAAAAUACAUCCAGAGCUGCUGGGAAUGGGAGAGUAAAACGCGGAGUAUUGUUGCACUUGUACUGUUUGUCCUCGGGUGCUAUUACUUUGAGCCUUAUAUGAUUCCUGUCGCAGCGCUGCUGAUUAUGCUUAAAUAUUGCUGCGUUUCAUUGUUAACCAGCACUUCCAGUUCUUCAUCUUCAUUUCAAGUUCAUUCUAUCACUCAUGAUUCGGAUUUCAAUUCUGAUGAUGGUCCGCCUACUCCAGGCGAUGACGAUGAUGAUGAAGAUGAUAAAGAUAAGGAAGAGAAGAAAAGUCUAAAAGAGCGAUUGCAAGCAAUUCAAGAAGUUACGCAGACAGUUCAAAACUCAAUUGGCUACAUCGCGAGUCUUUGUGAACGAGUUAAAAAUCUCUUCAACUUCACCGUACCUUACCUGAGUUACCUGGCGAUGAUCCUAACUGUUCUUGGUAGCAUCGUGUUAUACUUGGUGCCCAUACGUUACUUAAUUUUGGCCUGGGGAGUCAAUAAGUUCUUCAGGAAACUUUUGAGGCCCCACUCAAUUCCGAACAAUGAGGUCCUGGAUCUUAUUUCUCGAUUGCCUGAUGAUGAAGAUCUUCUUAGUUACAGAGAGUUAAAACCAAUGCCAACAGCAGAUUGUGAAAAAGCGUCAACAUCAAGUCCCAGCAGUAAUGCAACGUCAAGAAGAGAACAAAGAAAGAGACAUAACAAAGCUGCGUAACGAAAUGCCCCGCGGCCAUCGGAUGUCGCGGGAACGCGGACUACAAACAUCCUUAGAUCAGUUCUAACACGUGGUAAUAAAUUGUUGUCUUAUCAGUAUCGUCGUAAAAACUCAACAGAUUCAAAUGAUAAAGACUGAUAAUUAUUGUCGUGAAUAUUUAUGAAUUAUGGACACGUGAUUUAUUGAUUGGUGUUGACGGAAAUUUUUUUUUCUAGUCAAUGUUUCAAAUAAUUAUUAGUAAGUAAGAGUGAGAUAAAAUGCAGAAAGUCUUUAAAUCUGUGAUGGGACAAGAGGGAGGUGUUGAUUGUGCUGUUAGUUAGUUAGUCAGUCAGUUAGUUAGUUAUUAGUUAUAAUAUUUUAGAGAUACUUAUUAAAUAGCUAAUUUAAUUCUCGAUCGACGAAAACGGUCGCUUUUAUACGGCUAGUUUAAUUAUUUAUUUAUUGAGAAUUUUUUUUUCUAUAGGGUUUAUAGGAUUGAUAUAUUUAGUAAUUGAUAAAUUGUUGAUGUGGAUUAUUAAUAUUAUUAUUGUUCAUAUGAUUAUGAUUAUAAUUAUUAUUAUAAUGACAGUCGGUUGAGUAACAAAUUAUUGUACGAUAUGAAAAGGGUUAUAAGUAAAUGAAUAGUUAAUAAUUAAGACUGUCAAUAAUUGCGUCCAUCGAUGUCAUUUAGGAUAUGCAAUUUUUAAACACGCGAUGUUUAUACCUAUGUGAUUUUUAAUCAAUUAAUAUUGUUAAUAAUUCUUAAGUCGUACAGAAUAUGUAUUUUGUUUUUCAUUUUAUUUGUUUGAUGAAUUUUUGAAAAUUAAUAUUUUUACAUUGAUUCAUUUAUAACUGUGACAAUUUUUUAAAUUUUAUAAAAAAAAUUAAUUUUAAUUUGAGAAAGCAGAAAGAUUGUUAUGAGAAAAGGAAUGUUUAUUUUUUAGUUUAAGAAUUGAUUGUAGUUUUGGAAGAUACGAUUUUAGAAUUAUUGAUAAUUAUAUAAUAAAUAAAUAAAUAAAUUAAAAUAAUUGAAUAAAAAAUAUAUCGAUACCCAGCACUGGGACUGGCUAAGACGCAAAACAAACCGAAAUAAAUAAAUAAAAGUAAAAAAUUUUAUAUGGAAAAAUAAAAAUAUUUAUCUCGACGAAAUUAGUCGAGCUUCUUCAAACUUCUCUUUAUCAAACAGUCUAAUUAAUAAUAAAUAUUUAAAUCAAUAAAUAAAAUAACGAACUAUCAUAAUUUUUUUUAUCAACGAACCUAUUUAAGUGCUUCAUUCAUAAUUCAGUGUUUUUCAAUAAAAACUCAUACACUUGACACUUACACGCAUUUAUUUUCAUUUGAGAGUAGUUCAUUGAGUAUUUAGACUUUUUUUUUGUGAAUCAGUUAAAACAGAAAUUAUAUUAAUGAGUAUUAUACAUUGAUAUUAUAGUCAGAUAAUAAUAGUCUUUUUUCUAUGUAUUUUUCUACUCUCUGUUUUGUAUUUGUCUACCAAUUAGUAUUAAUUAAUUACUUAAUUAAUUUUAAAAACUACCUAAUAAAGUAAAUUAAAUAUUUUAGUGUAUACAAUUUUUUCUAUCUCUUUUAAACUCUCUUCUGACAAAUUUUAAAGUCUUCAAUAAGUUCUUCCUUAAUUGGAUCAUUACAAUUACAUUACAUAAUUUAUACAUAUAAAUAUAUUUAAAAUAUAUCGAUUAAUAAUCACUAUAUUGACAAAAUUAAAGUACACAUUAACACAUAAUCAUGCGCGCAAAAAAUGAUAAAAGAAAUGAAUCAACUAAGAAAAGUAAUUAAAUAUAUUUUUUAUUGUGAAAUAUUAAAGAGUUUUUUUAAAUUUAAAUUUUGUGGAGACAGAAGAAGAAAUUAGACAGAAAUAAAUAAAAUAAUAAAAUAAAUGGUGAAUGAUAAAUUAUAACAUAAGCGAUUAAGUCGGUCCGAUUAAAAAUCUCGCACUAAAAGCUUUCAAAACUCUUUUAUUAAAUUAAUGAAUAAUUAAAAAAAAUAGCUAAAAAUUUUGAAGCAAUCUGUGGUUCAAAUAGUGACUCUAUUUCAUUUGUAAUCUGUAAAUAAUAAAUUAAAAUAAAACGAAGCGCACUUGUUGAAAAUAAAAACGUGCACGAAUCUUCGUUUGAAUAUUUCGACUGAUAGGAAAAAAAUAAUUUAUAAUUAUAUGUGUUAUUGUAUAAGUUGGUUACAAGAGAAUCGAAUUAUUGAAUUUUAAAAUAUUGUGGAUAUUUAUAAUACUAACGAUGUUCUGUUAAAGGUUGCGCUUUAUUGUUGGAUAAAUUUGCGUACUUAUUGAAAAUAAAAAUAAAAAUAAUAAAUUUAAUAAAUUCAAGAGUCAUUGUUAUAUUCGUGAUAAAUAAAGAUUGAUUAAAAUCUCA